AACCACUCUCAUGUUUGUGAUUGAAGCAUUGACUUUCAAUGCACAGAUUCUGACUUUCAGAACGUAAAUUUCUGAGUUUGAUGAGAUUGUACUUGUAAUAUUUGACAUUUAUACUUACAAUGUCAGAAUGCGUUCACUGUAAGGGUAUAUAGACUAGAUCAAGACAUUUCAGAUAAUUUCUAGGGGGAAAAUUAUUUUAUAUUAAAAUGGGCGUUGUAGGUUCUAAAAUAACGCGAACUUUGAGAAGAUUUAACAUUGAAAGUCGCACAGAAAAGCUCAUCGAAAAACACCAGAGAGUUGCUGAUCCUGCCCCAAAACACCCAACAACAGUGAAAGUAUUGUCUCGUUUAAAAGAAGAACACCCUGAAUACCUCGAAGCACAAUUUAUUAAACAUGAAAAACUGAAUGAAAAUCUCAAACAAAUAUAUGUGCAGUCUAAAGGGGCACUUCCUCAGAUUUCAGCUGAUAAACCCUUACCACAACAAAGAGGUAUGGCAGAAGAGACAGAACUUGGUGCCAUGGAAACUAAGUAUGUUGUUCGUGAAGGCCGAGUUAAUCUCAAGAAUGUCUUAAGCUUUUUGAAUAGCCACCAGUUAAAUCCGAAGGAAGUGACAGCAGAGAAAAUUGCCCAGGAAAUGAAACUAGAUCAAACUCAGGUAGAAAAUGUGCUUAAAUAUUUUAGGAUUUUUCACUUGCACAUACCCAAAGAAAUGUUUGAGAAAAAUCGCAAAUUUGAGAAGCUGUAUAAGCAACAAAUAGCUGCAGCUGAGAAAAAUCCUUUGAGUUUUCGGUUACCAGGUGACAUGCUGAGAGACUCACUAAAAUUGGGACAAAAUGACUCAAAAUUGAAAGAAGUAAAGAGUGAAAAUUUGGAUCUUCCUAAAACUUGAGCAUGUAUAACAUAGAAUGUUGUUUAAGUGCUAUUAACAAACUGGAAAUUCUCAUGUUUAUGUUAAAUAUAUUUAUUUACUAAAAUACUGUUAAAGAAUUGGUGAAUUGUCACAUUACUUGGCUAUUAAUAUAUUUAAAUGGUAGGAAUUGAAACAAGAAUAAAUAACAAACAAAAAUGUAGAUUUUUUUGCUAAUUUAUUAAAAGAUAACUUCAGAAUGAUAGUUUUUUCCUGCUUUAUAAUUUCUUGUAAAACAAAAGGUUAUUGGAAAGUUUUUCUGAUUUACUUAGACUUAUUCACAUAUGUACAGUUUUCAUUUUACUGCUUACUAGGAUCUAAAUCAUUGUGCUAAGGUUCGUCAUUUUUUUUGUACUUGUUUAGUAUCAAUACUAUCAACCUUAAUAAAGCA